AAGUCUCUGUUAUGUAAGUCUUUUUUUUCUGCCUUCGGACAGUAAGGGGUUUGGUCAAGAAAACAAAACAAGAUCAGCACAGAAAGUGAGAGACCAUGGACGGAGAGAAUAUGACUAAGGUAGAGAUGAAAGAGCUCAUUCCAGCAGAAGUACCAGACGAUAAGGAUACAGAGAAAGGCAACAUGGAAGGAACAAAAGCAAAGAAAGAAAAAGAAAAAGACGAAGAAGGAGAAGAAACUAAUGUGUACUGCAAACUGAAGGAUCCAUCAGAAAAUGUUUAUAUGGCUGCGAUGUCCAGUUCCACUCCAAAACACAAUGACGAUGUUUGCAGGAAAGUUAAUCUGUACAAGAGGAUUUGUGCUGGUUUCAUCAUUCUCUCUUUGCUCUUACUGGCUGUGAUUCUUGCUCUGGCUGUGAAAUUAAAUGAAGUUCAGUCCAGCCAGAAGUGUGCAGAUCUCUCUGCUGAAGUGCAGACAACGCCCAAUUACGCGCAAGUGCAGACAAUGCCCAAUUACCCCCUAAAACAAGGGUAUCGGUGCGCUGUGUGUGAGAAGGGCUGGUUGAAAUUUGAGAACUCCUGCUACUUCAUAGCUAGGACUCGUCUAACCUGGCAGCAGAGCAGGGAGGACUGUCAGAAACGAGGCGGAGACCUGGCUGUCAUUGACAAUGAAGGAUUGCAGAAACGUCUAACUGAGAUAAGGGGCGUGCUAUACUGGAUUGGGCUCCAUUAUUCAGAAAAGCAGUGGAUGUGGAUUAACAAUACUGCACCAACCAAGAGCUACUGGGCCCCUGGCCAGCCACAACCAAACUCUCCAGGCUUCUGUGCACUGCUAAAGGCAGAGAGGUCACAAAUGAACAACUGGAUUUCAAACGGCUGUGAGGUGUUGUCACAGUACAUCUGCCAGAGAGAAUAAAAGUGGAGAAUGAUCAACUAUAUCCAUCACAUACAUCUGCUACAUUUGCCUUUAAUAUCAUCAUUUUACUCUUUUACUUAACUUUUACAAAUGCAGUUCAAAAAUGGUAAAAACAGAAUCAGUACAUGAAACAAUCCUGUUCUGUCAUACACAAUCAAGAUUGAGAAAAUGAGAAUACAAGUAUAUUCAUUGAAAGUGACUCUGUGCUUAUAUUACUUUGUGUAAAUUGUACAAUUACUAAAUUGUAACGUUUUUAACUGCACUGAUACGUUGCAUUAUUUUUAAAAAAUAAUUUUGCAGAAUGUAUUUUAAAAUAUAUAUUAUAAAUAUAUACCUAUAGUGGACUUUAAAAUAAGUAGCGAGAUGUUUUUUUUUCUUCAGUGAUUCAA